GUGGAAUCACAACUAUUGGAGAUGCCCUAAAGAUGAGAAAUAUAGAGCUACCACUAUAGAGAUGACACAUUGAGCAUGACGGAUACUAUGGUACUACCUCUAUAAGGGCAUCUAGACAUGGCACGUCAAGCAUGAUAUGGCUCUACUUCUACAAGGAGAUAGCAUACUAAGCAUGUCAUGGUUUUAUCGCUAAAAAGAACAUGGCACACUUGAGCAUGCAUGACUUGAUCCUACCUCUACAAUAACAUGAUACACUGACUCACUGAGCAAGACAUGAUGCUAUCUCUACAAGAACACAACAUGCUACUACCUUUGCUUGGCAUGGCGUCGCUACGACACUUCCGGUAGGGUACGCCAACACCUUUCUGUUAGACAUACACAAUGUUGCUUCGAGGAAGUUGCAUGACCAAUGAUGAAUCUCGCGAAUCACGUGAUAAUUCACACCAGUCCCACAAAUCACGGAACAAUAGCACGUUCAUUAAGGUAUGGUGACCACAUUGUCUUAAUAAUUCUUGUUUUAUUUUAUAUUAUAAAUCUAUAUGUAACUCAUGGAAGAAAAGAUCAAACACAAUAUAUCUAAUACAUUUAUCUCUAAAUAUUAUAUUGAUUGCUUUUAACUAUUUUCAGCUACCUCUUAUUAUUUUCCAAUGGGUUAUUAGUUCCAUCAGAGAGUUUUUUAAAAUUUUUAUUUUUAAAUUUAGCAUGAUUUUAGAAGUAAUAGGCAAACAUACAUGCACACAUUAAUUAUUAUGAAGCAUUAUUAAUCGAACUAUUAUGAAAAGUAACAACCCAAUAUACCUAAGUAAUUGGCUAGGACCCUAGGACGGAGGGGAGUAAUGAACAUUAACUAAUUUUUGUUGGCAUAAACGUAACGUAACUCAUAUUUUCCCUCAAUGCUAGAUAUACGUUUAACCUACUUUAAUUUCUGAUUCAUUACAUAACUUCAAUUAGUGACUUAAAUUCUCAACUCAAAAUUAAUAAAUACCUCAUCUUCUUAGUCCCAUUUACAUAAAGUUUAUCUCUGUUUGACAAAACCAGAAAGCCAAAUAAAUAAGACACUGAAAUCAUGCCACGCCCUAUAGCUUUCACUCCUUUUUUUUUCAGCCUACUAGUGAUUACUUUAAGUGCAACAAUAGCUAUUGUUUCAUCCUUAGAUUAUUCAAAACCAUAUAUUGUUCUCACUGAAAAGCCUGAUGAAAAUCCUCAAACUCACUAUAUUAAAAUGUUGACCUCUCUUUUUGGCAGUGAGAUUGAAGCAAAGAAGUCGUUACUUUACGUUUAUGAGUAUGCUACACAAGGAUUUGUAGCUAUACUCACUCCUGAAGAGGCAUCUCGUCUCUCUAAAUAUCCUGGUGUGCUAUCAGUAGCCGAAGACCAACUUGUGGCAUACAGCCCAUCCAAUGAAGUCAAGGAUGACACAUCAUCCCAGAUUUAGCACUUGAAAGAUAUCAAGAAAAUACUAUAAUGAAUUAUCCUGGUGUAUACGUCAAUUUACACGCCCGUUCUUUUCAUCUGUACUUAGACAAUUAUUUUUCAUUUUUUUAAAAAAAUUAUGUGCGAUUUCGAAAAAAUUUAGUGUGUGACACAUAAUUCACUUCUGAAG